AUGAAUACUUUCCUUCUUGACUUACUAGCCUUUGGUGCUGUUCUAUCUGGUGUUCUUGUUAUCACUUCGAAAAACCCAGUUAUCUCUGUGCUAUUCCUAAUUUCUGUAUUCGUUAAUGCUGCUGGAUACCUUCUACUCCUAGGUGUAGGGUUCGUUGGUAUCUCAUACCUUAUUGUUUACGUUGGUGCUAUCGCCAUCCUAUUCCUAUUCGUUGUUAUGAUGCUUAACAUUCAACUAACUGAAAUCGUUUCAGUUGGACGAGAAUACACUAAAAACCUUCCACUAGGUUUCAUUGUUGGAUCCCUAUUCUUCUUUGAAGUGCUAUCUGUACUACCUGCUUCUUACUCAGACGCAGGUGAACUACCACUUGGACUGUUCAACUACAUUAACGGACUAUUCCUUGGUGUAAACAGCUCAUUCACUAGUUCAGAUGUACACAUGACAUUCUCUGGACCAGGAGCUGAUGACAGCUUCACAGGGUUCCUACAAAUCGAAGCUAUUGGACAAGGUCUAUACACAUACGGAUCACUUUGGCUGCUACUAGGAAGUAUUAUCCUUCUACUAGCUAUGCUAGGUCCUAUCACUCUAUGUAUGCGAUCCGCAUCAGACAAAUAG